AUGGGCAAGAAGAAGGUUAUGGUUUGUUAUGGUGUGGACAUUGAUGCUGUUGCCGGAUGGCUUGGUUCAUAUGGUGGCGAAGAUAGCACCAGUGACGUGAGCAGAGGCAUUUGGGCGGGCACUAUUGGAACCCGCCGCCUCUUAAAGCUCUUUGACAAGUACAACAUCAAAGCUUCUUGGUUCAUCCCUGGUCACACAUUAGAGUCCUUCCCCGAGGAGUGUGCUCUCGUUCGGGAUGCCGGACACGAGAUUGGUCUUCAUGGGUACACACAUGAAAACCCUGCAGACAUGACUUUUGAGCAGCAGAGAGACGUUCUUGACAAGACUUGGAAGUUGAUCACUGACUUCUGUGGAGGCAAGCCGCCUCGAGGUAGUGUGGCUCCAUGGUGGGAGACUAGUGCCGAAGGAACUGAGCUACUCCUCAGCUACGGCAUCGAGUAUGACCAUUCCAUGCUUCAUCACGAUUGUCAACCCUAUUGGCUGAGGACGGGGGAUACCUGGACGAAGAUCGACUACACCAAGAACGCCGAGGAUUGGAUGAAGCCACUGGUCAAGGGAAAGGAAACCGGAUUGGUUGAGAUCCCUGGAUCAUGGUAUAUCGAUGAUCUUCCCCCAAUGAUGUUCAUCAAGAACUCUGCCAACUCACACGGAUGGGUCAACCCUCGGGACGUCGAGGACAUCUGGAGAGACCAUUUUGACUACUUCUACCGGGAGUAUGAUGAGUUCAUCUUUCCAAUGACCAUCCAUCCCGAUGUUUCGGGAAGACCCCACGUCCUCUUGAUGCAUGAGCGUAUCAUUGAGCACAUCAACAAGCACGAAGGCGUUGAGUGGGUAACUAUGGCUGAGAUGGCCGAUUACUUCAAGAGUAAGAAUGCGGCGCCUCAGGGCGCCCUGAUGCCCGCAAGCAAAGAGGAGGCGAUGAAGAGAUACCACGAGUGGAAGAAGACACAGGGCUAG